UAGCAGCUAAAAAAUGUACUACUCAAAGUAGGCUAUUGUCAAUAUUUACAUUACAUUCUGUCAGUUGAUUUAUUAAUAUUUUGUAAUUAUUUUUGAAUAAUUAUACAGUUUUAAGGUCUUUGAUUAAAAUAUGCGUAUUUCUAUUCAAGAAAUUUGUGCAUUCGCGCUUGCAACACCUCGAAGUAAAUGUUUCACAGGUGGUGAAAAUAUACUUAACCAAGGACACUUGUUAUACUGUGGUAAGAUAAGUGAGAUAAGUGAGGAAAAUAAUUGCUUAAAAAUAAUUGCUUUUUGUCUUCAAACCUCAAACAUAAGAGAUGAUCCUCAUGAAAUUAAUGGGGAAGUUCUUAAAGAUAAAGGAAAAAUCGUGGGUAUGAGUUGUUCCUGUGCAGCUGGUUUAGGUGGUGAAUGUAAGCAUGUGGUAGCAACACUACUUUAUUUGAAUCGAAAUGAUUUGGAAAGUUUAAAAGUAAUCUCUUGUACUGAUAAAAAAUGUGCAUGGAGUGCUCCCAAACAGUUUGCACUACAACAGUACGAUAUGAAACCAUAUGAUGAAUACGAGGAAUUUCGACGAAUUUUAAUUGAGGAUAAUCCAUUAUCAGCUUUAGCCAUGCAUAUGCAUGAUCCUGUACAAGCAGAAACUAAUAAAGUAAUUAUAUCACCAGAUAAAAUGACGGCUAUAAUAAAGAAUCAACAGAUGUCUAAAUUACUUCUGAAAUUGAAGAAUUUUGAUAUAAAAUUUACAACUGGAGAAUGUUGUAGAAAAACAUUAAGUCGUCUCUCAGAUGAUACUCGAAAAAUCUGUGAAGACACUCAUGAGUUCUAUAGUGUUUGGAUUAAGGAAAAGCAAUUGAGGAUAACCGCGAGUGAUGCCUACAAACUUUUUACUUAUCGUAAAAAUAAAAACCCAGAUUGGAAAAAAAAGUCUGUCGAUUACUUUUUUGGAGAAUCCUUUAGUAAUGCAAGUACAAAAUACGGUCUUGAGAACGAAUCUAUAGCUCGUGAAGCUUAUGAUGCCAAAAUGUCUGUUGAAGUAGUUCAUUGUGGAUUGAUUAUCUCGAAGGAAAAAAAACAAGUGCUGCGGAUUUAAUUAAAACAGUGAAAUGGUUAGAAGUACUAAAUGGUGAAGUAGGCUUCAAAAAGAAACACAUGUAUUAUGCUCAGGUUCAAAUUAUUAUGGUGCUCAUAAAUGUGCAAUCUACUGAUUCCGUAAUUUAUUCUUCUUUCGAUAAGAGUUUUAAAAUUAUUUCUGUUAGUUUUGACAAAAAAUUUACUAAAGACUUAUUGUUUUCAUUAAAAGUUAUAUUUUAAGUUUAUGUUGCAUAAUAUCUGUGAAAAAGAACGAGAGCAGCAAAGUGAAGAGUAACUUGUUUUUUUUAAUUCUGUUAUAACAAUGUAUCAAUAAUGGAAUUGAUGUAUUUUCAUAA